GUGCAACGCCUGUCCCCGCUGAUGUCAUCCUGUCACCCGCACUCGGAAAGCAUGUGGGGACGCAGCCCCUUGCUGCCAUGGGAGAAGGGGCUGGCUGGGGACAGCCACUGCUAAGAAGCCACCCCUCCACCCCCCAACUUGUCAUCCCUCUAAUCUGCAGCCACCCUGGUCCUGAUGAGGCCACCGCUGCUGCCGCUGCCUGUCCUGUGGGUGCCGUGGCUCCUGGGAAGCCCUGCAGAGGGCAAGGGAUGCAACCGGACAGCAGAGUCAGGGCUGGAGGGACAGGAUGCACCCGGUGAUGGAGGGACCCUCCUGAACCUCAGCGUGAGUGACCACGGCCGGUCGGACUCCCUCCUCCUGUCCUGGGAUGAGCUGGAGGGGGGUGCCGAGGGAUAUUCACUCGCCCUCUCCUCCCUGGAGUCGGGCACGCCACUGCAGAAUGGAUCUGCUGGACCCAACAUCACCAGCUUCUGGUUCCACGGGCUGACCCCUGGCAUGCGCUACAAGAUUGAGGUGACAGCCACGCUUGCCUGCAUGGAGACCACCAGCCAGACGGUCACAGCACAGACAAGUCCUUCACCCGUCCGCAACCUGAGCCUGAGCAGCGUCGGGCGCUCUGCCGCCCUGCACGCCUCCUGGGCGCCCGCCCGCGGGCAGCGAGACGGCUACCGUGUGACAGUAUGGAGGGACCUCAGGAGCCCCUCAGCUCACCCGGGAGAUGUGGGGCAGGCAUCCCCCCACAGACCCCUGCCGGACCUUCAGCCCCCAUGGCAGCACAGAGAGCAGUGGGGGACCCUGGGUGGGGAGAAGGGUCCAGGGAGCCCCAGCCCCAGUGCUGACCCUCGCUGCCUCCUGCUCUUCCCCUCAGCUCCCUCCAUCCCCACCCAGCUGAGGCUCAGCCCGGGCUCCAGCACCAGCCUUGUUGCCUCCUGGGUGGGCGCUGGGGGGGCCGCCUGGCUGCACCUCGUGCUCCGCAACCUCCUCACCCAGACCGUGACCACCACGCUGUCGGCCAGGAGGGGCCUCACCACCUACACCUUCCAGCAUCUCCAGCCUGGCACCCGGUACUGGCUGGGGCUGAGCGCCACGGCAGGGCCCUACACUGCGGAGGGGCCCAAUGCCACCGCCUGGACGUACCCCCUGAGCCCUGGCAAUGUGACCCUGAGCAGCGCAGAGGAGCAGAGCUCCUUGCAGGCUUCCUGGAGCACCCCUGCAGGAGAGAGGGACUUCUACCUGGUGAUGCUGCAGGAGGGGGAGGAGGGUGCUCUGACCAGGAACAUCUCCGUCGGCGGAGACAACAGUCAUGUCACCUUCCACGGGCUGAGCCCUGGGAAGCGAUACUCUGCCCAGGUGACGGCGGUGGCCGGGCCUUACCGGGCGUCAGCCCGCAGCACAGCAGCCUGGACAAGAAAGCAGAAAGCCCGAGCGUAGCCGCUAGCACCAUCUGGUGUGAGUCUGGCCAGCCAGGGCAGCCCCUACAGCCUACUAGCCAGCUGGGAGGAGGCAACGGGAGAGGGCUACCUGCUGGCCUUCAGCCCCGUGGAGCACCCAGUGAAGAACAGCUCUCUGCUCAGAGGCGUCACCAACGUCACCUAUGAGGGCCUCCGUCCUGGGACCCUCUACACCCUUGAGGUCAGCACCGUGGCUGGCCCCUACACAUCCACACCCCGGCGCAUCAGCAACUGGACAUGUCCUUUGCCCCCAGAGCAGCUGACCCUCAGCAAUCAGGGCCACAGCACCUCUCUGCAAGCCUCCUGGAGAGCAGAUCCUGCUGGCAGCACGGGCUACACAGGCACCCUCCGGGAAACCAAGUCCCGGGAGCAGGUCGGGAACAUGACUGUGGGGAACAACUGGACAAAUAUCACCUUUGAGGACCUGGUCCCCGGGCGACAGUAUACACUGGAGGUGGCUGCUAUGGCUGGACCUUACAGAUCCCCCGUGCGAUCAGCCACAGACUGGACAUACCCCCUUGCUCCGGCUGGCGUGAUGCUGACCAACACCCGACGCCCGCUGGGACUCUCUGCCUUCUGGGACAAGGCUGCUGGCGAUGUGGACCAGUUCCACCUCCAGCUCUACAGCAAGAGCCAUCCAAUGCAGAGGAACAUCUCAGUGGGGCCAAACACUCACAACUUCACCUUCCUGGGGCUGUCCCCUGGCAUUCAGUACUUCCUGAAGGUGACUGUUGUCGCUGGCCCAUACAGAUCCUCAUCACACUUUGCCACCGAGUGGACAUAUCCACUGUCUCUGGCUAAUGUGAGUGUACAGCCUGGCCAGAGACCCCAGGAGCUACAUGUGAGCUGGGUGGAGUCAGGCGGUGGCAGAGACCACUGGGUACAGCUCUCGGUGGCUGAGUCCCUGUCCGUCAUCAGGAAUGUGUCCGUCCCCCGUGGAGUCAGCCAGCUUGACCUGGAGGGUCUGGUGCCAGGGUCCCGAUACCGUGUGGAGAUAAUUUCUCAGGCUGGCCCUCAUCGCAUCUCCUCUCAGACUGCCAUCGGCUACACUGGGCCAGGCACUGCCUGGGCUCUGGCUGUGCACUGGGAGGCCCCUCCUGGGCAGAGGGAUGGAUACCUGCUCAGCGUGCACGAGGAGGGCUCUUCUGCACCAGCAAGGAACCUGGCAGCAGGGAAGGACAGCACCAAUGUCACCCUGGCACAGCUGGCACCGGGAACUUGCUACCUUGUUGGGAUCUGGGCAAUAGCUGGACCCUACCGCUCCCUCCCCACAAACAUCACUGGCUGCACAGCUCCUGCUGCACCAACAAACCUGAGCCUUACCAACCCAGGAAGCUCCUCAGAGCUUUACACAUUCUGGAACAAGCCCCCCGGCAGGCGGGACCACUACCGCGCUGUUCUGUAUAGCCUCAGCCCCCAGGGCAGGGAUCGGGUCCAGACCCUGAGUCCAGAUGCCCAGAACAUCACCUGGACUCACCUGGAGGCAGGCAGCAGGUUCGCUGUGCAGGUCACUGCUGUGAAAGGCUCCUUCGAAGCCUCCUCCACCAACGUCACCCAAUGGACACGUGAGUCUGAUGGGCUGGGUUGGACGCAGCACUCCCCCGUGCCCCAGGGCCUCCAUCUGGGCCUCACAGAGCACCCACCCCCACCUUCCCCAUCCCAAACCAUCCCUGCUGUGCCCCUUGCUUCUGCAUAGCUGCCCCAUCUUCCUGCUCACUCUGCAAGCCCUGGGGGUGUUGCACUCAGAGCCACAUGCNNNNCCUUCCACACCAGCACCCCCAACCUCACCCACUGCACACGCCCAUUGCCCCCAGCCGCCGUGCACUGGCUGAGCACGGGGCACCCCGACAGGCUGAGCGCGUCCUGGGGGGCCGCAGCCGGGGAGCAAGAUGGCUAUGUGCUGACCCUGUACCACAGGCGGCUGGGCACCGUGACAGCUACGGCCUCACUUGGGAGAGACACCCACAACUUCACCUUCAUGGGCCUGGCCCCAGGAUACGAGUACUCCCUGGAGGCCAGUGCCACGGCUGGACCGUACCAGGCAGCAGCGCCCAACAUCAGUGGCUGGACACGCCCGCUGCCCCCGGCCACGGUGCGCUUGCUGAGGGGAGACACCCACAACUUCACCUUCACGGGACUGGCCCCAGGAAGCAAGUAUGUGCUGGAGGUGGCAUCCAUGGCAGGGCCCUACCGGACACCUGCAGGGAAUGUCAGCAACUGGACGUACCCCCUGGCACCCCGUAAUGUAUACAUGACGAACCAGGGGUAUCCCAACAGGCUGAGCGUCUCCUGGCGAGCUGAACCCCAGGGACAAGACAGUUACAGGCUCCUCCUCUACCACUCGGGGUCAGGUACUGUGGCAGCCAACGUGUCUGUCGGGAAAGGCAGCAGCAAAUUCACCUUUUCUGGCCUGGCUCCAGGACACAAAUACCUGCUGGAAGUGGUGUCCGUGGCAGGGCCCUACGCAGCCUCUGCGGGGAACAUCAGCGACUGGACGACCCCCUCAGUUCCCAAAAAUCUCUCUGCGGUGGCUGAAGGGAACAACACAAUGCUCAUCUCCUGGCGCAGUGUCUCUGGACAGCAGGACGACUGCCAGCUGUGGCUGCGGGACCCCAGGAACAGCACGCUGCCCUGGCGGCACCCCCUUGGCCGAGGGCAGGUCCAGCACCUCCUCCAGGGGCUGGUCCCAGGGAGGAAUUACUCUGUCUCCUUGAGCUGUGUGGCCGGGCCCUACUGGAGCAGCACCAAACCCUUGGCGGUGCCGAUGGAGCCAAACCCAGUGGAGGGUGUGAGAUGCCUACCGGAGCCAAGGAGCCUUUACUUGAAUUGGAGCAGCUCUCCUGGAGAUGUGGAGGCUUAUGAGGUGGUGACAGAGAGACUCUCUGAUGGACCUCCCACCUCCAAGGAUGUCAUGAGCAUCCCUACAAGCGAGGCCAGUCUGGAGGGGCUGAGGCCAAACUCAUCGUACCGAAUUGUUGUGAGCACAGUGGGCAUGAACACAGUGAGGAGCCGGGCUGUGACUCUGCUCUGCAACACAACAGUGGAGGCCCUGCCUCCACCCCUGCGAGCAGAUAUCUUCCAGGUGGAGGCCAGCUCCACGGUUAUCAUUUCAUCCGACCUGUUCAGCGAGGAGAACGGCCAGAUUGAGUACUAUGGUGUCAUUGCUACCACUAAUGAUUCACUGCUGAGGCCCACCCAGGACAUCAUGUCCAGCACAUGGUAUGACCACUAUUAUGGGACAGAGGACUCCUACCUGGCUGUGCUAAUCCCCAAUCCCUUCCAUCCGAGCCCCAGGAGCUCCCCCGAAACCUGGCGAGUGCCGGUGGGAAUAGAGGAGUGCGGCCAGUCCAGGGCAACGUGCAACGGGAAGCUGAAAGCCAACGAGCAGUACAGGUUCAGCAUCGCUGCCUUCACCAGAUACGACCCAGUAGCCCCUGCAGUGACGUUCACCAUGUUCUCAGCUGCUGGAUCUGGUGCAGACACAACUCCACUCUCAAUGCCGACAAUUGCUGGAAUCGUUGUGGGAUUUCUCUUGACGCUUGCAGCUAUUUUUGCUUUGGUCUACUGGAAACAGCUCAGAGCAAAAAGAAGCAAGAAGAGCAGCCUGCCCCAAGAGAUGGUGACCUACAGCUUGAGAAAUGUCCAUCGGCCAAUUCCCGUACAGAACUUCAAGCAGUACUAUGAGAUGAAGACAGCAAGUGCUAACCACGCUUUUUUCCAGGAAUUUGAGGAGCUGAAGGAAGUUGGGAAGGAGCAGCCAAAGGUGGAGGCCGAGCUCCCAGCCAACGUCUCCAAGAACAGAUAUCCCCACGUGCUGCCCUACGAUCACUCUCGGGUCAAGCUGAGCCAGCUGGGGGAGGAUCCAUACUCAGACUACAUCAAUGCCAACUUCAUGCCUGGCUACACAUCCCAGCAGGAGUUCAUUGCCACCCAGGGGCCCCUGAAGAAAACGAUAGAGGACUUCUGGAGGCUGGUGUGGGAGCAGAAUGUCUGCAACAUCAUCAUGCUGACAGUGUGCAUGGAGAACGGGCGGGUCCUCUGUGAUCAUUACUGGCCAUCCGAAUCUGCCCCAGUCUCCUACGGGCAGGUCCAGGUCCAUCUGCUGACCCAGAGUAGCUCCGAGGAGUGGACCAUGCGUGAGUUCAAACUCUGGCAUGAGGGUCUCCAGGCAGAACGGCAUGUGUCCCACCUGCAUUACACGGCAUGGCCCGACCAUGGCAUCCCGGAGUCCACGACUUCCAUCAUGACCUUCAGAGAGCUGGUCCGGGAGCACAUCCAGAGCACCAAGGAUGCGGGGCCGACCCUCGUGCACUGCAGUGCCGGGGUGGGCCGCACUGGCACCUUCAUUGCCCUGGACCGACUGCUGCAGCAGAUGAAGCAGGAGAAGGUGGUGGACGCCUUUGGUGUGGUUUACGCCUUGCGGAUGAACCGUUACCUGAUGAUUCAGACGCUGUCCCAGUAUAUUUUCCUGCACAGCUGUAUCCUGGAAAAGAUCUUGGAGGAACCACUCCUGGGUUUAUCAGGGACAGAGAGGUCCUGCCCCAUCCCACUGAAAAGCUUCACUCAGCACUAUGCCCAGAAGGCAGCCAAGUCCCAUGUGGGCUUCCUGAGGGAGUACGAGACUCUCCUAGAAGUUGUCAAGGAAGAAGCCAGCUCUGCAACACCAUCUUCAGGCAACCAGCAGACACGGCCCUCUUCCAGCAUCCUUCCGUACGAUCGCUCCAGGGUGAAGUUUUCCCUGCUGGAACAGGGCCCUAUCUCAGGUCUCCUGCAGACGUGGCGUGUCCCGGGCUGCAACUCCAGCAGGGAGUAUCUGGCUGUCCAGGGGCCUGACAAGUUGACCAUGGAGGACUUCUGGACCCUGGUGUGGGAACAGGACGUUCACACCAUCCUAACACUUCUCCCAUGGCAGGAGAAGGGGGAGGUCCCAGGUGAGGUGUGCUGGCCCCUGGAAGGAGACUCUCUCUGCACAAAGAUGCUGACCAUCCAGUGUGGCACAGAGAAGCUCGUCUGCGGGUGGAGGUGUAUCCAGCUCAAAAUCAAACACGAGAAGAAAGCAAAGGAAAGGCAGGUACAACGGUUCCUAUACACGCUCUGGAGCAGCAAGAAACAGCCAGAUGUCCAGAGCCUGGUGGAGCUCCUCACUGCUGUCAGACGGUGCAUGCCCCACCGAAAGAGAGCCGGUCCUCUCCUGCUGCACUGCAGCAGUGGCGUGAGCCAAAUGGGGACACUGAUCUCCCUGGAUUGCCUGUUGCACCAGAUGAAAGCCGAGAGAAUCGUGGAUGUCUAUGGGGUGACCCUCCAGCUGACGAGAAGCUGCUGUCUCAUGACCCCAACACUGGACCAGUACAUGUUCCUGUACACCUGCAUCCGGGACAUCAUCGCUCAGAAACAGCCCUAACACCACUCAGCACCUCCUGGCACCAUCCUGCCCUCCCCCUCUGUAAGAUCCUGUCUGGAGCGAGGUGCUGGGGUGAGAGCACCAUGGGGGUCCUAGCACAGAGCAAGCCCCGAAGCAAGAGGGGACCUACCCUGGCACCGUCACCAACGCGUCCCACAUGG